CUUUCAGUCAGCCAGGGUCCCAGCGUGCCCUGCGCCGGCCAACGAGAGCAGAUCCAGUGAGUCACCUCCGCCGCGCUAACUCUUUGCUCGCUCUCUACUCGCACACGCUUACACCCGGCUCGAGAUGGCGGCGGCAGCGGCGGGGGACUCCGACUCCUGGGACGCGGACACGUUCUCCGUGGAAGACCCGGUGCGGAAGGUGGGGGGCGGCGGCACCGCCGGCGGGGACCGCUGGGAAGGCGAGGACGAGGACGAGGACGUCAAGGAUAACUGGGAUGAUGAUGAUGAUGAUGAAAAAAAAGAAGAAGCAGAAGUAAAACCAGAAGUAAAAAUUUCAGAAAAGAAAAAAACAGCAGAGAAGAUAAAAGAGAAAGAACGGCAGCAGAAGAAAAGGCAAGAAGAAGUUAAAAAGAGGUUAGAAGAACCUGAAGAAUCUAAAGCGCUAACACCAGACGAACAAUUAGCAGAUAAACUGCGGCUAAAGAAAUUACAGGAAGAGUCAGACCUCGAAUUAGCGAAAGAAACUUUUGGUGUUAUUAAUACAGUUUAUGGAAUAGAUGCUAUGAACCCAUCUUCAAGGGAUGACUUCACAGAGUUUGGAAAGUUACUAAAAGAUAAAAUUACACAGUACGAAAAAUCACUGUAUUAUGCCAGUUUUUUGGAAGCCUUAGUUCGAGAUGUGUGUAUUUCAUUGGAAAUUGAUGACUUGAAAAAGAUUACCAAUUCAUUGACUGUACUUUGCAGUGAAAAACAGAAGCAAGAAAAGCAAAGCAAAGCCAAAAAGAAGAAGAAAGGUGUGGUUCCCGGAGGGGGAUUAAAGGCUACCAUGAAAGAUGAUCUGGCAGAUUAUGGUGGUUAUGAUGGAGGAUAUGUACAAGAUUUUGAAGACUUCAUGUGACGUUUUAUCUUCUCCUGGUGUCUUCUUUCUGUUGCCCACAAUCCCUUCAACAUGUAGCACAACUUCCUUUCCUUUCAGUUCUGCCAAAUGCUACAAUCAGAAGUGCAGUAUCUUUUGUGCUGGUUAUUAACCCCUUGACACUUAGGUGCUAAUGUGCAAAUGAGGGAACUUGGAUCUUGCUGCCAAGGGGUUAAAAUUGGGAACCUCCAUUGCUACUAAAUCAUAGUUUAAAAAAACAGACCUAAUAAUGUUGUUGUUGUUGCUAUCUGAUUCCAUAGCAGCAGUCACUAAAUUGGAAACAAAGGUUGCAACAUGACAAAAAAUUGUGUAGUUACCAGCACCAUUCAGUAAUACAGCCUUAACCAUACCUCCUUGAACUACUUCAUAACUUGUCAAGAAAAGCAGUCUGCUGCAAGGGCAUGUGGUGUGCACCUAGUAUUAAAGUUGCUUUGUCUUAAAAUUGAGCGUGAGGAUAUUAAAAAUACAUUGUGAAGAAGACUGCUUAUCUCAGAGUGAAGAUACGGCGGCUGAAAAGCACUAGUUUGAUACUUAAAAAUUAAAUGACCAAAACCCUCCAACUUUGAAGCUGAAGAAGGUAAACCUCUCCAUUAUUGCAUUACCAAGUUGUGGAAUCUCUUGAAUGCACAGACUGUCUAGUUUCUAUUUAUCAGACUAUUCUGCUGAUGGAGUGCUUCAGAUGGGGGAGGGAAACUCCUUACCUAUUAUUUUAGUUGUCUGAUUGAUUUAAGUGUCUGAGAAACAAAUCUCCUUUGUUCUCUGAGGCUGCAGUGGAUCAGCUUUAACAGGGUUUUGGCAUUUCCUUUCCUUUAUAAAACGUGUUCAGCAAACUGCGCCACUUAACUACAGUUUGGUAAAUUGUUAUGUUAACAAUUAUGACAUCUGCAAUGUUUUAUAAAGCAACUAAUUUAAUAAAGUCACUAUUGUGAGGA